UAAUAAUAAAGGCCUCCAUUUUUCUUAGAUCUCUACCCACUGGGAUCACUGGUUCAUUGUCCACCCAUUUUCUCUUUAUCCGAGUAGUUGAGCUCCAUACGAAGCCGUUGUUCAACACCCACUUCUAUCCCUUUCAAGCUCUCCCUUCCGAAGUUGGAGCAGAUUUCGACGCCGGCCAGGUGUUGCUCAGCUCUUCUCACUCGCCCUCGGCUUGUCAUCCGUGACUGUUGGCUCAGAUAUUUAUUAUUAAUGACUGGUAGUAUUAGAAUUCUUCGUGGAUUAUGGCAUAUUGACAAAGAUAAACAAGGAGCGGUUUCUUUUUGGAGUUUAAGUAAGCAUAAUUGAGGUGGCUAACUUGCUAAGUGAAGUCAUGAAAGUAUGGGAUCAUAAAAAAGAAACCGAUUUGAUUCAUACAAUUCACCAGCUGAGUUUCUUGUUGCCCGACUAUACUACAUGAAGAGAGGGUCAAAUUGGUGCUGCCCCCGAACAAAUUUCUAAUUUUUAUAUUUUACGUUAUGGCUUAUUCCUUUGUGUAAUCAUUGGAAGGCCUUCUGGACUGUUUAUUUUAUAGGAUUUUCUAGCUAGAUAUAAAAAUUAAAAUGUCCCUUGUAUGCCCAUCCUUUAUAGUUCCCUCUUCUUUCAUUAACCACUACAAAGUUUAUUUCAAGCCCUAUGGAUACACUUCUCCCUUUCCUUAUUUUGCUUUUGGUCUAGGCAAGAAUCGGUCUUGCCUAGUCAAAGGUAUCCCAAUAAUUGUUAGAGAAAAAGAAUAUAAUAUUUUAAGGUCUACUAAAAUAGAUUGCAUGAAACCUAAUUACCAACCUGUCAUUGAAGAAAAUGAAGUAUCUUUUCAUUUGGGAGAUCAAGAAAAAGAUGACAUGGAAGACACAGACUCACCAUGGGAAGGGGCAGUUAUUUACAAGAGAAGCUCUUCAAUAUCACAUUUGGAGUAUUGCACAACCUUAGAGAGACUUGGGUUAGGAAAACUUUCAACUGAGGUCUCAAAAUCCAGGGCUUCGGUGAUGGGAUUACGGGUAACAAGAUCUGUAAAGGAUUAUCCUUUAGGAACGCCUGUUCAGAUCUCCAUUGAUGUUACAAAAAAGAAGCAGAAGUUGAGGCUCGAUGGGAUCAUUAAAACUGUCAUCACUCUUGGUUGUAACAGGUGUGGGGAGCCAACUGCAGAGUGCAUUUUCUCCAACUUCUCACUCCUACUUACUGAAGAGCCUGUUGAAGAACCAGAUAUUAUUAACAUGGGAAUAAUAUGUGGGGGAGACAAGGUCCAAUCUUAUGCUGGAAUUGAUGAGGAAGGAGUGGAAGAUGAUGAAUCCUCAAUUGAUUUGGAGGAUUGGCUGUAUUUUCCUCCAGAAGAAAAAGAAAUAGAUAUUUCAAAACACAUAAGAGACUUGGUCCACCUAGAAAUCACCAUUAAUGCUGUUUGUGAUCCAAAUUGCAAAGGUUUGUGUUUAAAAUGUGGUAUAAAUUUGAACACCAAAAAUUGUAACUGUAGCAAAAAGGAGGUGGAAAAGAAAGGAUAUGGGCCUCUUGGAGAUUUAAAGAAGCAAAUGCAGACAAAAUAAUUAAUGUCUAAAUUUUUGUA